GAUUUGGCAUUUUGUCGUAAGGUGUAUUCCUAUGGGGAAUGUAACAUUCAGCCUGCUUUUAUAUUUUAGCUUUUUUUUAAACGAAAAAAAUGGUUGUGUUUGAAUUUUGAUCGGGAGUUUUAGGCACUGGAUCACGAGGUCCAUCAUGCGGAAAAGUCCCGGGGAUGUGAUUAUCAUCAAAGCAGAACUACUAGAUUAAGUUGCAGUUUUUGUUGUUGUAAUUAGUGUUGUAUUUUAUUAUUUUAUUUACAGCAAAAGACAAAGUAGUUUCUCAAGAAAAGGCAGCUGAGCUACAGUUAAUCCAAAAUGUCGUCGGAGGAAUUCGAGAAGUUGCACGAAAUCUACAGAUCACUGUAUGAUGAGCUCAAGCUAAUGCCAGAGAGAGUUCUGAAAAGCCACGGAGAGGAGAGGAAGAGGUUGGUGAGGAUCUUCGAUGAGAGGCAGGGGGAGGCUGAGGAAGUGUUACAAGGAAUGGAAGAAGAGCUGCGUGCUGCCCCUUCCUCCCACCGAAAUGCUAUGAGUACAAAGCUGCGCCUGUACCGCCGGGAUCUGGGCAAGCUUCAGAGAGACAUGAAAAACUCCGCUCCUGGCUUUGGUUCUUCUUCCCAGCCAGUGGAAGGAAGUCAUCAUGGCAUCUAUUCGUCACAAAAUCAACAAAGUACACACCUGCAGUCCCAGAGAGCCCUGCUCCUCCAGGGCACAGAGUCUCUGAACAAUGCCAGCCAGAGUAUUGAACGAAGUCAGCGCAUCGCCAAUGAGACGGAGCACAUCGGCACAGAUAUCAUCGAGGAGCUGGGAGAGCAGAGGGAACAGCUGGACCGCACCAGAAACAGAUUGGUGAAUACUGGAGAAAACCUCAGUCGAAGUAGGAAAAUUCUUCGUGCCAUGGCACGGCGACUGGUGACGAACAAGUUGCUGUUAGGUGUCAUCAUUUUAAUGGAGUUGGCCAUUCUAGGUGCUGUGAUUUAUCUGAAGUUCUUCAGACGAUAAGCAAACAAUUCCAUCUGAAAACAGUCUUAAGCUCUGGAUCCAGGACAAAGCUGUCUCCACUGACCAUCCAGUAGCAAUAAUGCUGUUCUAUUGUAUUCAGCCAACUGUUUCUUUGAGUGCAAAUAAGGACAAUGAGAUGGUUCAGUCUUAAAGUGAACCUUUACCGAGAGGGGAUUCUGUCCAUGGGCAGGUGAAGUUCAUUUGACCAGAAUUUUGAACCUGUUAAUGGACCAAACCUACAGAAACUCCAUGGACAAACUGUGAACUGAGAUUUGCACUGUUUUAUCAGACUGUUAAUGCCAAUGAUGCCCUGCAGGAUGAUUUUCUGGACGUGUUGGCUUGUACAGACCCCAGCGAUGAUUCUCUGUAAGGAUUUAUUCAAGCCUGAGUAUGAUCUACUUACUCCCACAUGUGUAGAUUCUCCGGUACUUGUUAAGUGUUACUGAGAGACAUUGGGGGUUUAUUAAUUCUCAGAUUGAGAUACUUUAUUAUUAGUUCUCAAAGUAAUUGUAUUGUGCGAUUAUCUUUAUAAUACUAAACAACAGUAUGUGAUGAAAUGGCACCAGUUGAAUCUAUUUUUGUUGUGAUGUCAUGCCCAGUAUCCAAAUGGUUGUAUUGAGCUCAUUGUUCCAAUUCUGAGUACUGAGUGAGACCUGAAGCCAAAUUUGUCAGUCAGAGGUGUGAAUGGCAGAAUGGGUGGAAACUCUUAAUACAUGCAAUGUUCUUAACAGUUAAUAAUGUUGUCUGAUCACUGUAUAAUACAAAAAUCACUGUUUGAAAUAGGCUCAGUAUUCCUUAUUUGACAGUCUACACAUCAUUAAAUCUAAUCUUUAACCUCA